CACCGUUAUAAACAUGAGUACUGAGCUACGUUCUCGCUGUUCUUUGACUGGGUCCUCACCCGUAAAGCCUAGCUUAUCUGAUCUGCGUUGCCACCAGCCCAGGAUAAGGGAUGGCAGAUGGAUCACUGAAAGCGUUGCUGCUUCUUUCCUUAAUGUUUUCCGAGCGGACCCUCGCUCUUUCGGAAGCAGAGAAGAAGGAUCUGGUCAAUGCUCACAAUGAGUACCGCUCCCGAGUGAUGGAUGCUUCCUACAUGCUAAGAAUGAAAUGGGACAAUGACUUGGAAGAACUUGCCUUAACGCAUGCAAAGGAAUGUAUUUGGGAACACAAUAAAAACCGAGGACAAACUGGUGAAAAUUUAUAUUCAGUUACUGGGACAGUUGAUCUGAAAUUAGCUGUUGAGAAAUGGUAUUUGGAAGCUGCAAAUUAUACAUAUGAUACAAUGGAAUGUAGUCCACUUAAAAUGUGUGGACACUUCACCCAGGUUGUCUGGGCAGAUAGUGAUAAAGUGGGUUGUGCCAGCCACUUUUGUGAUGUAUUACAAGGUCUGACUGACAAUAACUUGUCUAUUUUGGUGUGCAACUAUUCCCCUCCGGGCAAUGUUCUUGGACAAAACCCGUACAAAAAAGGAACUCCCUGCAGCGAAUGUCCUGAUGGAUUUAAGUGCAUUGAUAAUCUUUGUACAUCUGAGCAGGAUCUCAAUUCAGGGCCAGAGACACCUCCAGAACCAUCACCGAUACCAAAGGUAGAAGAAAAACCAGAGUUGGAAGCCAAGCCUGAACCAAGCCUAGAGCCAGAGGCAAAACCUGAACCAAGCCUAGAGCCAGAGGCAAAACCUGAACCAAGCCUAGAGCCAGAGGCAAAACCUGAACCAAGCCUAGAGCCAGAGGCAAAACCUGAACCAAGCCUAGAGCCAGAGGCAAAACCUGAACCCAAGGUGGAUCCAAGGGCAGAGCCAGAGGCAAACCUGGACCUGAGCCAGGAAACAGAAUCUACACUGGAACCCAUGUUGGAGCCGAGGAGAAAGUCAGAGGUUGGGUCAAGGAGAAAACUGGUGCCAAAACCAGGGCUCAAGUCCGAUUCAACAAAAAAUGAUACUUUGCAGCAUAACUCCAACAGGAUCUCAGCAGUCAGCUCAAGUACUCUUCUGAUAUUCACCACAGUAUUGGUUUUGUUGUAUUCUGUGUAAAAUUAAAGAUAGUUUUUGUACUCUAACUAAACUUCCUAAUCAAAUAAUUUCCAUGGCGAUCUCUGAACUUGACAGGAAAUCUACACAGUUGUAAAAUCUAAAGUGAAGUUAAAGACUAAAAAACAAGAGAAAAUUUGCAGAUGCUGGAAAUCUGAGCAAAACACACAAAAUGGUGGAGGAACUCAGCAGGCCAGGCAGCAGCUAUGGAAAAAAUUGCAGUUGAUGUUUCAGGUGGUCCUACCAAAGGGUUUCGGCCCGAAACGUCGACUGUACUUAUUUCCAUAGAUGCUAUCUGGCUUGCUGAGUUCCUCCAGUGUUUUGUUUGUGUUGUUAAAGACCAGAACAUCAGUUCCUGAAAUAUAUUCAGUUUUAUUGAUAGAUUAACGACUAAUGUUUGGAGCUUUUGAAAUUGCUUUAACUUGUAUAUUAUUUUAAUAUUGGUUUUUCAAAUAGCAAACAUGUGAGGGGCAUAUGAGUUCAAGCACAAUGUUUACUGUGUUUUGAUUUAAUCUAAUGAACACCAAGAGAUAAUUUGAAGCUGCCAUUUCUAUACUAUUCCUUUUUUUCCAGCCUUAAAGGUAUGGAAAGUUUCAAAGAAAUGAUUUGAUCAUCAUUAGUAUAUUGUUAUUAAGUUCAUAUUGGUGAUAAAAUUUGAAGUAAAAUUACUGUUAAUUACUGAGGAGCUAAUUCAACAACAGAACAACUGAAGUCAAACAUCAAAUUAAUUUCUCUGUUGUAUUUUCGUAAAAUUUGCAGUAUGUAUUUUUCUCAUUCUUAAACUUCCAGCUGUCCGUAUAGAAUGUACUGUUAUUUUUACAAAAGGUUCGGUGUUGCCAUCAGUGAGAACACAUGAAAACAUAAAUGUCCAUUCCAAUGCCAUUGGUCCUUUAAUCUACUUCAUUAUUCUAGUGAGGCUGAAAUUCAGUUAAGUUAUUACUUUCAAUUCAAGGACACUUUAAAUAGAUGAGCAGCUCUUGAUUAAAUCUCUGCAUGGGCUGUUUUGCUGUAUAUUUCAGAUUCUGCUUAUUUAGGUUAAUUAUUAUGAGUACAAAAUGGCCAGAUUUCUAACCUAAGGUUUCAUUUUGUCAUUUCAUCUUGAAACCAGACAAAAGGUUCAAAUCUCAAUGCUGAACUGGUGUUGAUAUUUUGUCCUUAGUUUCAAGCUUCAAAUAUUUUAUUCAGGGGGAUAAUUCUCCAGUUAAUUCACCAUAGUAAUAAGGCCACUGACCCUCAUACAUUACUAGCAUACUGACUAGACCUCUCCAAGAUUAGUGGUUAUAAUAAUUAAAUAACUUGAAUCGACGAUGUACCACUGAGGAGGGUGAUGGAGGUGGAGGGGUGGAAAUAAUUGUAACAGUAGUGCUUGAAGGCUGUUGUGAACAGUUAAAUGAGUUUCCAUUUAAAGGUAAUCAAAUGGUUUCAAGGACAAAAUACCCACAGCUUUUGCGAAGUUUUCAAGGUAUUCGACUUGAAAUAAAACAAACAAAAUCUGUAAGUAGUCUGCAUCUGUGGAGAAAGAAACAAGAAUUAAGAUUUCAGGUCAAUGGCAUUUUAAAUAUCUGCCUCUUUUCAAAAAGAUCAAUGGGAAAACAAGGUAAAUGUCAUUUGCAGUGUUGAGCAAGGUAGGAGGAAUCCGCAGCUGAAGCAUGAAACAUUACAUCAUCCUGACCUAAACUAAUACCGGAUAAACUGGAUGUCUGCUUCAAUGGGUAGGGUAUAAGGAGACAAUGGACAAUCUGGUAUGAGAUCACAAAACAUAUUAUAUUGUUGCAUGACUGGGGUGGUUCUUCCUGGAUAUGGAAGACUGAAGUAAUGAGAAAUUGUGGACUGGCCAGGAGAAAGGAGGCAUAGGUCAGAUGCAGGCACACUGGGAUCAAGUGAAUCCCUAGAGGCAAGAAGGAGGUGUAGGAGUGUUCUCAAGAAGGAUAUUUUAUUUGGCGGCAAUAACAAGAGUACGAGAUGACUUUGAGAGAUAAUAUUAAGGAGAAUCCAGAUAUUUUAUAAGUACACUAAGGGAAAAGAAUAACUAGGGAGAGGAUAGAGCCUUUCAAAGACUAAACUGGGUUGCUACUGUAUAUGUAGAGAUGAAGAUGAUGAGCAAGGUCCUCAAUAAAUAUUUAUGAGGGGCAUAAUUAGGGUGAAUGCACUCAGUCUUUCUUUUCCCAGGGAUGGGGAACCAAGAACUAGAAGGCAUAGGCUUAGGGUGAAAGGGGAAAGACUUAAUAAAAACAUGAGGGGAAUUCUUUUGUCCCCCACCGAGGGUGGUAUGUACUGUAUGUGGAAUCAGCUGUCAGAGGAAGUGGCUGAGGCAGGUGCAGUAAGAACAUUUCGAAGACCAUUGGACAGCUACAUGGAUAGGGAAUGUUUCAAAGCUUAUUAGCUAAUUGCAGGCACAUGGGAUUAGCUUGGAGGCAUUAACCAGUUGGGCCAAAGAUCUGUUUCUGUGCUGUAUGAUUCUGUGACUCUAAUUAACCGUGGUGAACUUACAAAUAGGUAUGGGUAAGUCUGCAGAUUUGAUAUUCUUCUUUUUAUGCCGUAGUACUCCCGCUAAAAAUAUUGAAUUAAAGAAAUUCAUAAACGUCAUUUUAUUUUUUUUUUGCAAAUCUCUAAACCUUUUACAACCCCAUAAUUGGUGAAUAAAUUCAAUUUUGGAAUCAACCUAUGUAAUGAAAACCUCUGAAGGUUUUUAAGAAAAUAGUUGUUCUGGGUUUUCUAAUAUUUGAGUUAAUUUUCUUACGGUUCAUGCCUGGAAUAAAAUUGACUGAUGCUCCUUAAGCAUAGUUACAUCAGAUAAGGAAUCUUUAAAGAGUAAAUGCAUUAAAUAGCACAAGAAGUACAAAGGAUUCAAGCCAGUAAGAAUUGAGGGAUCUCCUUUGCCAAUUUUCCCAUUUUCUCCUGUAUGCACUUCCAUUAAAUUACAGUUUCAGAUGAGUAAAAUGGGAUCUUUGAUGCUCCCAUAACAUUCUGGCACGUUAAAGAAAAAACAAAUUAAUUUCUACUGUUGGAAUUCUUCCCUUGAAGGCUAUAGGCAAAUUUUCAACUAUUGUGGAUGCAUCCUAGAUAUAAUGGAGUCCUGUUCUGAUGUGGGCUCAGCCACAUUGCUCAGUGAUAGUUUAGCUAUGCAACAUACAUAUGGUUGAAUAGAUACCUUCAACUUCAUUAUCAUACUUUAAUAAGGAAGAUAAUGAAUUUACAUUUUAAAACAAUUUAAUAAUUACAUUGUUGGAGAUAAUUAUGUUUAUAUGAACUCUGUUUUAAUUUUACUCCUAUACUGUAAAUUAGUUUUACCAUUAUAUUAUGAAAUUAUGCCACAGAUUACUAUCAGAUUCCUCUUUUUGUGGAUGAUGCA